AGCCCUAAUAGGCUAUAUUUCGUUGCCUUAUAUAAAGCACUUAAUACACAUUGCAUGGACUUUCUUAUUCUUGGCCAUGAGGGUCAAAUCAUAAUUAAACACUGAAUAAAGGUGAGUUUUGGUUUGGCUCAUGUCGUUGUAAAUCACAUUAUGCAACCACUUUCCCAUAAAAAUGGGAUUUACAGAAUUUACAUUGUUUGAAUCAGCAAAUAGGCCUACUGACUUUCCUGUUCUGUGCCCUCAUGGCGGGUGGAAAUGAUUUCCGACAGCCCCUGAACGCAGCAGUCCCUCUCUGUGAUGAGGAGGUGCUGCAGCUUCAGACGGACUGUAUUCAGUCCUCGGGGCUCAGUGAAGCCGCACGCUCUCCGUAGACUUAACACGGGAUAAAGUUUUGACCCUGAAGUAGACGUUGGAUUAUUCUUGUGUUUCAUUUUGUUUUUAGCGCAGAGGCAGCAGACAUGCUACUUGUGAAAGUUUGAAAAGAAAAGGCCAACAUGUGUCUGAAAGCAGCUUUCAUGUUACCGAAGGAAUAAACCGAGCUGAGAGGAAACGUCAAGUGGAUUUUACACACCUGGCUCGGGCGCAGACACGCGAGACUUCCAGACAUUUGAGCUCACUUUGAAAAAGUAAAAUUGUGAUUUUUUUUUUUUUUUGCUUUAUCACAUUUUCCUGGACAGCUCUCUAAUUUAACCGACAGUGAGUCUCAUGAGACUUAUUAUGGCAUUUGCGACCUGCCGGGAACCAACAGGGCUGGUAAAAAUGUUACAGGUUCGUUGUAUUUAUUGGAACGUGACCACCGGAGAUGAACUUUCUCCGAAAUGAUUGCGGGUGCUCUGGUGAAUGAUUGACAGCAGAGGCUCGCCUGGUGCUCUGUGGACUUUAAUGGACAAACUGGAGUUACCGUUUAGUUUUAAUCAGCGUCUGAAAGGUGAAUGAAACUCUGGUCCUGAUCUUUCUAGCAGAAGAAAGUUUUCUUUGAGGUUUCCGAGAUGGACUCAAACUAAAACAAGCUGCUCGUUUACCAUUUGUCUUGUUUUAAUGACUCCAAAUUAAUCAUUUUAAAACACUUUAAUGUUUAUUUUCUAUAUGGCAUCUACGGUGAGGCACGCGCCGUCCAGCCCGGUGUUCCCGCGGCCCCUCAUGCUGCUGCUGCUGCUGAUCUCGUGUCCUGAUCUCACUUUAGGAGCUUCCAAAGAUCUGGUAUGUGAGCCCAUAACUGUGCCCAUGUGCAGGGGCAUUGGUUACAACCUGACUUACAUGCCCAAUCAGUUCAACCAUGACACCCAGGAAGAGGUAGGUCUGGAGGUGCACCAGUUCUGGCCCCUGGUCCGGAUCCGCUGCUCUCCAGACCUGCUCUUCUUCCUGUGCAGCAUGUACACCCCGAUCUGCCUGCCAGACUACCGCAAGCCGCUGCCACCCUGCCGCUCCGUGUGUGAACGGGCCAAGCGAGGUUGCUCCCCUCUGAUGAGCCAGUAUGGCUUCGAGUGGCCCGAGAGGAUGAGCUGUGAACAGCUGCCCCAGCUGGGCGACGAGACCUUGUGCAUGGACCAGAAUAGCAGCGAGACCACCACCCUGGCCCCACCGUUCCCCAAACCCACCCCUAAAGGGCGAACCAGACCCCCCAGCCCCCCGCUGUGUGACAGGGAGUGCCGCUGUCGGGACCCCCUGGUCCCCAUCAAGAGGGACUCCCACUCUCUGUACGGGAAGGUCCACACCGGGCCCUUGCCCAACUGUGCCCAGCCCUGCCACCAGCCCUACUUCUCAGCCGACGAACGCGCCUUCACCAGCUUCUGGCUGGGACUCUGGUCGGUGCUGUGCUUCAUCUCCACCUUUACCACAGUCACCACCUUCCUCAUUGACAUGGAACGCUUCAAGUACCCCGAGAGGCCCAUCAUCUUCCUGGCUACGUGCUACCUCUUCGUCUCUUUGGGUUACAUCAUCCGCCUGGUGGCAGGUCACGAGCGUGUGGCGUGUGGCACCAGUGUUGGUGGCGACCAGCUGCACAUCCUCUACGACACCACCGGCCCCGCUCUCUGCACCCUCGUCUUCUUGCUGGUGUAUUUCUUCGGCAUGGCCAGCUCCAUCUGGUGGGUGGUGCUGUCCUUCACCUGGUUUCUGGCUGCAGGGAUGAAGUGGGGCAGCGAGGCCAUCGCAGGAUACUCUCAGUAUUUCCACCUCGCCGCCUGGCUCAUCCCCAGCGUCAAGUCCAUCGCCGUCCUGGCUCUCAGCUCUGUGGACGGGGACCCCGUGGCUGGAAUCUGCUACGUGGGGAACCAGAGUCUGGAGAAUCUCAGGGGAUUCGUACUUGCACCUCUCGUGGUUUACCUCUUUACUGGCUCGCUUUUCUUACUCGCCGGGUUUGUUUCUCUCUUUCGCAUCAGGAGCAUCAUCAAGCAAGGUGGCACCAAGACAGACAAGCUGGAGCGGCUGAUGAUCCGCAUCGGCCUUUUCACAGUGCUGUACACCGUCCCCGCCACCAUCGUGGUGGCCUGUUUGGUCUAUGAGCAGCACUACCGGCCUGGCUGGGAGCGAGCCUUGGCCUGCUCCUGCCAGUCUGAGCGCCAGCGCUCGGGAGUGGGCCCAGACUACGCCGUUUUCAUGCUCAAGUACUUCAUGUGCUUAGUAGUAGGCAUUACCUCAGGAGUCUGGAUUUGGUCAGGAAAAACCCUGGAGUCCUGGAGGAGGUUUAUGGCACGAUGCUGCCCCUGCUGGCUGCAGAAAGCCACUGCUCCCCCCUCCAUGUACAGUGAGGCCAGUACCGCUUUAACUGGACAUACUGGCACUGGGCUGACAUCAGGGAUCUACCAUAAAGCUGCUCCAUCCCACAUUUGAACUCACAGUCUGUACAGUCACCUCUCUGGACACCCAGAAAUAAACUACCCAAACAGCCAAAAAUGUGAGUGUGGACAAACAUCUGCAGGACUCCGUGCUUGAGUAUCACUGCGCUCUGAAUUUCAGCUCUGACAAUAACUAGAAGAUUGUGAUCAAUAACACAAUGCACCAAAACAUUCAGAGCAUAAAAAUGGACAUAAAAACAUACAACCUGUGUAAAAGAAUUUAAACUAGAGAAAAUCCUACACGGAAUAUUUUAAAGAGAAAAGUGACUCAACAAUUUAAAACUGCUUUUCUAAGCUGUAGAGCUGAAACAGUUGAUCAGACUUGACAUUUACUUAACAAUUUUCAGACCCCACAGACUCACCUGGAUCCAUAAUGGAAUCACACAUGCUUCUUCAUAUCUGCUCAUCCUGAGCACUGAGAUAGAAAUACAUAUUUAUUUAUGUAUAUAUUGUAUAAAUGUGCUGUAAAAACAAAAGAAAAUUAGCUAUAUAGUGUGAUGUGUUUAGUUUGUAGCCAACCAAUGCCACAAGCUACGUGUAAGACCAGAGAAACAAAUCUCGCCUGAUUUGAAUUGUAUAAACUUGUACAUAUAGACGUGCUGUUUCAUGUCAGUGUCUGAGUGUGAUUUCUGAUCACAAACUGAAACAGAGCGGUUUUUUAGGUUUUCUCAGACGUGGAAGUCUUCUGGGAAUCAAACAAAAAGGAAUUCAGUAUGGAUACUAUUGUGAACCGUUGUUAGGUUGCAUCACAUUUAAAGUCUGAAAAGUUUCCCCCCCCCCCCCUCAUGUGUAAAGGAACAGGCAGUGAUUGGGUAAGGAUGAAACUGACCUUGGCCUUUACCCCCAUCUGCUGGUUCACUGUGGAGCUGCUCACUUUAUGUUCUCCACAUCAGGGACUCUCAAAUAUGGACCCCUAACAUCAGACCACAGACCCUUUUGUAGCAAAAAUCUCAAAAAACAAACAAACAAUAAUAGCUACAGUGAAAUUUCUGUGUAUUCUCAUUCUUCUCCGUGAUUUCUGUUUUGACAAUUCUGCUGUGGAAUCCCUGAUACAAUCACUUCGAGACCAUUGCUUUUCUAGUGAUUUCAUGCCAUGGACAUAUCAGACAUUAGGAGUCAUAGAUAGAUUUUUGAAGUAAUCAGUUGAUCAAUAGAUUGGCAGAAAUUUCAGCAGCAAUAUUUUUGAUAAUAGACUAAUUAUGAAGUAAUUUCAAGCAUAAAUGCCAAAAAUUACUGGUUUCAUCUUCUCAAACUGCUUUUCUCAGUUUCAUUAACACUGUAUACUGAAGAUCUUUUAGGAGUCGAGAAAUUAGAGGAUGUCACAACAAACAAACAAACAAACAAGAACAAAAAUCUGCAUAAUUGAUAAUGAAAAUACUCAUCGGUGUAAUAGCGUUGAGUGUAUAAGUUCUUUAAUGGGCCAAUUUGACUUAUAUUUUUCUGACUUAGCAUCAGGUUAAAUGACUCAUUCAGCUGGAAACUGUGCUAAAUGAUAUCACUUUAAAUUUAAAGAAGAAGAAACUAAAUAUUUACUGACUCCACUAUCUAAAAUAUGAGGAUGUGCUGCUUUUCUGUGAUUUUUUUAAAACAUUGUAAAUUCAUUAAUGGCUUAUUAUUAUUCAUUAUUUUGGGGGGUUUGGGCCUGUUGGCUGGAAAAGCACUUUGAGAAGUCCACUUUUGUCAUUAUUAUUGACAGUUCAUAGCUUAAACAAGCACUUUUGGAAGAUGCCGCUUUACAUCAUAACUGACUGUAUUCACACUUCUUGAAUGUGUUCAGAGCUGUAUGUGACACCAUUGUACAGAACACAAUCUUAUCAAGAAGGUUCUGUGGUCUAAUGUGGAUCAUCUGUUUUUAGGAGCCUCGACAGCAUAAAGUGAAGGAAGCUCCUGUCUCCUUACAGAGGUCACAUCUAGUACUUCUGUUUGGCGUUCAAGAGUACAAAUAAACGGUUUUAAACAUGAGAUUUGGUGAAAAUUAAGCACAUUUAUUGUGUUCUGCUUUAGCUGCUGUAACGGUCUGUGAUAUUCUCCUUCAAUGUUGUUGGCCAACUGUGUUGUUUAGACUACUGUGUGUCCACAUGCCAGACGAUAUCUCUAAUUUAUUAGCCUGAUUUGUGUGAGCGAAUGUGAUUGCAUGAUUGAUGAUGAAUGCCAUGAAAGUGUUGGUAAAAACUGACAUUUAGGUUUAUUUGUUUAAGUGUAAAUUUGCUUUCCAUGUUGAUAAGAGUUCCUCAAAGGAUAUGGCAAAACAUUGUAGAUUCAUAUUGUGGAAUUAAAACAGAGUUGAACUCGA